CGCCUGCUCAGCUGUGCGACACGCGACCCGCACACUCGAGUACACCCCGACCCGGACCCGCCAUGCCGCCAGCCCACCACGCUUCGUCGUCCCGGCCCCUCUUCUUGCUCACCUUGAUCCUCGUCGCCGCACUGUGGUACCUCUCCGGCUCCAACCCUGCAGCCAAAGCCCAAGCCCAUCCACCAGAGCACAAGCGCCACCAACCCGCACUCGUCAACCAGGCCAACACCCCUCCUCCUCCUCGAGAACCGCAACCCUCGACUCGGCGCGCGUUCCACCAGCGCAUCGUCGCACUCGGCGACGUCCAUGGCGACCUCCCCGCCGCCAUGAGCAUCCUCCGCCGCGCCGGCCUCGUCGACCUCAAGGGCCACUGGACCGGCCAAGACGCCAUCCUCGUCCAGACUGGCGACAUUGUCGACCGUGGACCCGACACGAUCGCCCUCUACCGCUUCUUCCAGGGCCUGCGUCCUCAGGCGGAAAAGGCCGGCGGCGCCCUCGUAUCGCUCAUGGGCAACCACGAGAUGAUGAACUACCUCGGCGACUGGCGCUACGUCACCAAGGAGGACAUUGCCUCGUUCGGCGGCGAGCGCAACCGUCGCGAGGCGCUCCUCACCGGCUGGAUCGGCCAAGAAUGGCGCACCAACUACUCGAUCACGGCCCGCGUCCCGUACCUCGUCCACCACUUCCCGCACGACCUCGCCGCGCCCGUCCUCCCCUCGACCCCUCGCGGCUCGUCCGACCGCCGCUUCCUCGGCGACCCGACGUUCCCCUCGUCCGUCGCGUCGGGCGACGGCAAGAACCCGUUCCUGCGCGCCGCCGCCUCGUUCGUCCACGGCGGUAUCACGCCCGAGUACCUCUCGUCGCUCCCCUCGUCGCCCUCGUUCACGCCCAUCGCGACCAUGAACCGCAUCGGCCACGACAUCCUCGAGUCGCUCCUGCACCACCCGGGCGGCGUCCCGCUGUCGCUGCCGCGCACGGCCCCCGACGAGCAGCGCGAGUUCUGGAGCGAGAGGGGCCCGAUGUGGAACCGCGACUGGGCGCUCGAGGACGAGAACGAGAUCUGCGACAGGGUCGAGAGGGCGUGCGACAUGUUGAACGUGAGGAGGCUCGUCAUGGGACACACGCCGCAGUUCGAGGGCAUCCUGAGCCGGUGCGACGGCAAAGUCCUCCUCAUCGACACGGGCAUCUCCCGCGCGUACGGCGGCGCCCACUCGUCCCUGUCGCUCACCUACACCCUCACGCCCGCCUCGGCCCUCCCCCUCGCCGACGCCCUCUCGUUCUCGCUCGUCGCGCUCGACGACCCGACGCCCGACGCGACGCUCGCCGGGCCCGACCUCGCGCGCACGUGGGUCGAGACCGAGCUCGUCGAGGCGCUGUACACCAAGGGGAGGGACAGCGAGACGCUCGUCAGGUCCGAGCGGGUCGUCGUCGUGCCGGAAUAGAUUCCUCCUCUCUCUCUCUCUCUUUCCCUCUCGCCGUUGGAUCCUCGUUUGUGUAGAUGUAGCCAUUCCUCCUGCAGUCGGACCCGCACAGCAAUCCGUUCUCUCU